AUGUUUUACAAAGAGUUUUACUGCGUUCAAAUAAUAUUCAUAUCAAUCAGUUUAAUAUAUACGUUGCAAUGGGGUGAUGAAUGUGAUUUCGAAAAUGGAUCAAAGGGAGUUUGCAUAGAAGCUAUAAAAUGCCAGCAGGUUUACAUGAGCCUCAAACUUGGUAUUGGGAAGGUUCCAGCUCCUUGCGAAUAUAAAGGAAAAGAGACGACGGUUUGCUGUGGCGAUAAAAAUGCUACGUUAUUGAGAGGAGUGCGUAGUGUGCAAGCUUGUAAUAUUUGGAUAAGGUCAAAGCUACAUUUGUUUAGGAUUAUAGGGGGAGGUGAAUCAGCUUUAUCAAAAGAGUUUCCACACAUGGUCGCUCUUGGGUAUGAUGAUGGUAACAAUAGGACUAAGUGGGGUUGCGGUGGUAGUUUGAUCAGUUCGAAAUUCGUUUUAACCGCAUCCCAUUGUUUGCACAGCGCAGAUUUCGGUUCGGUGAAGCACGUGAGCAUCGGAGAUUUGGAUAUAAGUAGUAUCGACGAUGACGCUUAUCCGCAGUACUUUAAAGUACUCAAGACUUACAAACAUCUUCUGUACAAACGACCGAAGAAAUAUCAUGACAUUGGUUUAAUAGAAUUGGAUGGGACAGUAAAUUUUACUGAAUACGCGUAUCCCGCUUGUCUGAACAUCAAUAUGACCACGCCGAAAUCCUUCAUAGCCACUGGUUGGGGUUUGUUGUCUUUCUUCGGAAAAUCCUCAAAUCACCUGCAAAAAGUCACAAUUUUCGAAGACAACAACACGGAGUACAACAGGAAUUACGGUGUUAAUUUAAGAACGCUGCAGGACGGUAUUGAUGAAAAAACACAAAUUUGUGCUGGUGAUCCUGGAAAGGACACCUGCCCGGGAGAUUCUGGAGGACCGCUGCAAACUAAAUACCAAUUCCAAUUGUACCGUAACUACUAUAUUCACGGGGUCACAUCUUUCGGAAAAGCUUGUCUUUUGACCAACAGUCCCGGUGUUUACACGAGGGUCGCUAAUUACAUAGAUUGGAUUGAAAAUAUUGUUUGGCCAUAUGGCCUAUGA